GGGUGCCGCUGCCAUGGACAUCCCGCCGCUAGCCGGCAGGACUGUGGCGAUGUCACUCGGUGCUCUGCCAGUGUCCUACGUACUCAACCAAGUUUCGGCGUUCUCACAGCCCCUGUGUGUGGUGCUGACGAGUGCUCUGGUACUGGGUCUGCUUUUCAUGGCUGUCUACAGCCUAUCUCAUGGGGAGAUCACCUAUGACCCUCUCUAUGCUGUCUUUGUGGUCUUCUCCUUCACCUCGGUGGUGGACCUGGUCAUUGCACUCCAAGAAGAUGGCUACUUGAUGGGCCUUAUGGAUUUCUACGCCAAGGAGGGCGAGCCCUACCUACGCACAGCGCACGGCAUCUUCAUCUGCUACUGGGAUGGUACUGUGCACUACCUGCUCUAUCUAACAAUGGCUGGUGCCAUCCGCAAAAGGAAAAGGUACCGGAACCUUGGGCUCUACUGGCUGGGGUCCUUCGCUAUGAGCCUCCUGGUGUUUCUCCCAGGAAACAUCCUUGGUAAAUACAGUUCAGAGAUCAGACCUACCUUCUUCCUUGCCAUCCUGUACAUGCUGGUUCCAUGCUGGGCCGGUAUGAGGAUCUUCAACCAGUCGCCUGCACCAAGCUCCUGCACCUGUGAUGUGGUACAGGAAGAACAGAAGAAAAGCCUCCUACAGCGCCCGGCUGACCUGACACUCAUAGUUUACCUCAUCCUUGCUGCAUUUUUCACUGUCUUCCGGGGCCUGGUAGUACUUGACUGCCCCGCAGAUGCCUGCUUCAUCUAUAUUUACCAAUAUGAACCAUACCUUCGGGACCCUGUGGCCUACCCAAAGUUGCAGAUGCUGAUGUAUUUGUUCUAUGCUCUACCAUUCUACUGCCUGGCUGCCUAUGCUCUCACCUUCCCUGGCUGCUCCUGGCUGCCGGAUUGGGCCUUGGUAUUUGCUGGAGCCAUUGGCCAGGCGCAGUUCUCACACAUGGGUGCCUCCAUGCACCUACGCACACCCUUCACCUACCGCGUGCCAGAGGACACCUGGGCCACCUUUCUUCUGAGCAACCUGCUGUUUGCACUGGGUCCCCACCUGCUGGCUCUCCGCUGCCUGUGGCGGCCGGCCUUCUUUUUGCGUGCAGCACCGCCAUCUUCGCCCCAGGACCAAGGCAAGAAGCAGCAGUGAGCAUGUGCACCUCUCUGCUAAGACUUCUACCUAUGCAACCGUCGUUGCCCUCUAGGUGUGGGUUGGCCAUGGAAUGAUGGACAUGCGGAGAAAUUGCGAUCCAGGCCAGAAAGGAGCAUCAGUGUUCUUGCUACUACGUUACUGUGCCUCAAAGGUCACAAGGACUUUAGUGCCCUCUCCUGAAAUCUAGCCAUCGCCUCCCCCAUCCUUUAAUAAAAACCGUUCUCUUAUCUAGAA